AUGGGGCAAGGCGCUGUGGUGAUCUUGGGGUGGCGAAUUGCGAGGGAGGAUGUUGCAGUGGUCGAUGGCGCUAUGAAUCGCAAUGGAGGGGGUUAUGGUGGGAGAGGAAGUCAACAGGGUGAACAACGUGAACGAGAGUGGGAGAGGAAGGAGGGAACAAGUGGACAGAUUGAAGUUUCCAAUAGGAAACUUAAGAGGAUUCUAGAGAAGACCGUCAGUGUUUCAAGAAAGGACUGGUCUAGGAAGCUUGAUGAUGCUCUCUGGGCAAACCAGACAGCGUACAAGACUUCCAUUGGCAUGUCCCCUUAUCAGUUGGUCUAUGGCAAAGCCUGUCACUUGCCAAUUGAGCUGGAGCAUAAAGCUUACUGGGUAAUCCGAUAUCUGAACCUUGAUUUAGAAGCUGCAGGAAUUAAGCGAAUGCCUCAGUUGAAUGAGCUUAAUGAAUUCAGAUAUUCAGCCUAUGAGAAUGCCAAGCUCUAUAAGGAGAGAACAAAGCUACUGCAUGACAAGAAGAUUGCCAUCAGAAAAGAUAAUUCUGACAGGAAAUUUACAGUGAAUGGCCAGAGGUUGAAGCACUAUCUUGGAGGCGAGAUUAAUCUCCAGAAGUCCACUCAUCUGCUGAACUAG